GGAGAGAGAGAUUCAUUGAUGUGUGAGAUCUGUUAGGGUUUCAUUCAUAGCAUAAAACAGCAUCCACCAGCACCUCCUCCGUCCCAAUGAAACAAGGCUUCAUCUGAAUCCAAUUCCUACGCUUCAUCUCUUUCUCAUCCUCCAUCUAAUCCUAAUCAUUUACCCCAUUCAAUUAUGAUUAUCAUGAACUCAGUCUUCUUCGUAUCGCAAAACCUUCGUGUAUUCGGUCCUGGCUUGAAUCCCUUCGCACCCUAUUGCGUUGCCAAUCAUUCCCUUUCCUCUCGCUAAUUCCCUUUCCCAAACCAUUUUCUCUUUGUCUAAACGCAACACUCGGAUUUCUCCUCCAAUAACAUGUGAAUUCGGAGACCCUUUUAGACUCGCUCUCUCUCUUUUUUUUUUAUUUUAUUUUAUUAUUGUCGGGGGGAGGACUCUGCAAUCGUUGUCGGUGAAGCCUGUACCCAAUUCUGGUUGGGAUUCUAGGAUCUGUGUCGUUUGAUUUUUUUUUUCGUCGUUUUGCGUGAUUGCUGAAAAACAUGCUCGAGGCGCAGCCGGUUUUGUUCAGAAAGAGCCCUUCGAGAAGGCGCUUGUUGAGGCCUGGGUUCGAUACCGAUGACAGGGGUUGGACCUCACUUCAUGUUUGUGCUCGGAAAGGGGAUCUCAAACUGGUUAAAAAUCUUCUCAAUGAAGGAAUGGAUGUCAACGUGACUGCAUGGGGCCCUAAGUCAAAAGGGGUGACCCCUCUCCACCUUGCUGCUGAAGGUGGUCACAUUGGAGUGAUGGAUGAACUGCUUGAGCGUGGUGCUGACAUUGAUGCCAGAACUAAGGGUGCCUGUGGCUGGACACCACUCCACAUUGCAGCUAAAGAAAGGAGGAGGGAUGCUGUGAAAUUCUUGAUAGAGAAUGGAGCAUUCUUGCCACCUGAUAUCAAUGAUAGCAGAUUUAACCCUCCUCUUCAUUACUGCCCAGGACUAGAAUGGGCCUAUGAGGAGAUGAAGCGACUUCGACAGGAAGACUUAUCUGCUGGAGAGACAUCUCUGAAAGUUAAUUUGCAUUUCAGGGAUUUGGUUGAUGAUUAAAUCUAUCUUGUGGGAAUAAUUUCAGAAGUGAAAUAAAACAACUAUGCGUAGGGUGGGUGUUUUAUGUAUGAGGAUGUGGUGCUACUUACUUUUUUAAUAUGUUGGAUGCUGUUAUGGGAACACUUAUGUACGAUUAUUAAUGUGAUAUAUUGUAUGCUUGCUGAUGUAGUCGUGCAUUGUGUGCCCGCACACUACUUUCUUAUGAACAAUAUUUUGACAACCCUGAGUUUAGAAUUCUUCUGUCUUUUCUCU